GGCCCCGCCUUCCCAUCGACCCCCGCGGGAAGGACCUGGGUCUCCCAAGCUCAUUCCCCGGUCGGGGCCGCAGAUAUUAUUCUAGGCGCUGGGAUGCAACAGUGAACAAGAUGCCACUAGCAUCUAGUGGACCGAGGCCCGGGAUACUGCUAACCAACUUGCAAUGCAGGAAACAGCCCCCUGUCCAGCUCCAAUCUCAACAGUGCUGAUGCUGGGAAACUCUGAUUAUAAAGUGUGAUGGUCGGCUCCCACACGGACAUGGCGCCGGCCUCUACCGCAGAGGGGGCCGGGGAGAAGCCGGGCCCCGCGGCUCCGGCCCCCACGGCCCAGUAUGAGUGUGGGGAGUGCGGCAAGUCCUUCCGCUGGUCGUCCCGGCUCCUGCACCACCAGCGCACGCACACGGGCGAGCGUCCCUACAAGUGCCCCGACUGCCCCAAGGCCUUCAAGGGCUCCUCGGCCCUGCUUUACCACCAGCGGGGCCACACGGGCGAGCGGCCCUACCAGUGCCCCGACUGCCCCAAGGCCUUCAAGCGCUCGUCGCUGUUGCAGAUCCACCGCAGCGUGCACACCGGCCUGCGGGCCUUCACCUGCGGCCAGUGCGGCCUGGCCUUCAAGUGGUCGUCCCACUACCAGUACCACCUGCGCCAGCACACGGGCGAGCGGCCCUACCCCUGCCCGGACUGCCCCAAGGCCUUCAAGAACUCGUCCAGCCUGCGGCGCCACCGGCACGUGCACACGGGCGAGCGGCCCUACACCUGCGGUGUGUGCGGCAAGAGCUUCACGCAGAGCACCAACCUGCGGCAGCACCAGCGCGUGCACACGGGCGAGCGGCCCUUCCGCUGCCCGCUCUGCCCCAAGACCUUCACGCACUCGUCCAACCUGCUGCUGCACCAGCGCACCCAUGGCAGCGCCGCCGCCCCCGCCGCGGGCGCCGCCCCCGCCCCUCCGCCGCGGGAGCCCGGCGGCAAGGUCUUGGUCUCGGAGGCCUACCUGCAGCGGCCCCUCCAACCCCCCAGCCCUCCGGCGCCCCCGCCGCCCGCGCCCCCGCCCGUGGUGCCCGAGCUCUUUCUGGCCGCGGCCGAGACCACGGUGGAGCUGGUGUACCGCUGCGACGGCUGCGAGCUAGGCUUCGGCAGCGAGGAGCUGCUCUUGGAGCACCAGCCCUGCCCCGGGCCGGAGGCGCCGCCCCCGCCCGCGGACGCGCCCUCGGAGCCGCGGAAGGCCGACCCUCCCCCGCCGCCCUCCCUGUCCCCGCCGUCCCCGCUGCCGCAGCCCCCUCCCGCCGCCGCUGCCCCUGGCUUCGCCUGCCUCCCCUGCGGGAAGUCCUUCCGGACGGUGGCCGGCCUCUCCCGCCACCAGCACAGCCACGGGGCGGCCGGCGGGCAGGCGUUCCGCUGCGGCAGCUGUGACGGCGCCUUCCCGCAGCUGGCCAGCCUCCUGGCGCACCAGCAGUGCCACGUGGAGGAGGCCGCGGCCGGGCGCCCGCCCCCCCAGGCCGAGGCUGCCGAGGUCACCUGUCCCCAGGAGCCGCUCGCCCCCGCCCCCGCCCCGCCCGCUCCCGCGCCCGCCCCCGCUUCCGCGGAGCGACCCUACAAAUGCGGCGAGUGUGGCAAGGCCUUCAAGGGCUCAUCGGGGCUGCGCUACCACCUGCGGGACCACACGGGCGAGCGGCCCUACCAGUGCGGCGAGUGUGGCAAGGCCUUCAAGCGCUCGUCGCUGCUGGCCAUCCACCAGCGCGUGCACACCGGCCUGCGGGCCUUCACCUGCGGCCAGUGCGGCCUUACCUUCAAGUGGUCGUCCCACUACCAGUACCACCUGCGGCUGCACUCGGGCGAGCGGCCCUACGCCUGCGGGGAGUGCGGCAAAGCCUUCCGCAACACGUCGUGCCUGCGGCGCCACCGGCACGUGCACACGGGCGAGCGGCCCCACUCCUGCGGCGUGUGCGGCAAGAGCUUCGCCCAGACCUCCAACCUGCGGCAGCACCAGCGCGUGCACACGGGCGAGCGGCCCUUCCGCUGCCCGCUCUGCCCCAAGACCUUCACGCACUCGUCCAACCUGCUGCUGCACCAGCGCACCCACUCGGCCGAGCGCCCCUUCGCCUGCCCCAUCUGCGGCCGCAGCUUUGUCAUGGCCGCCUACCUGCAGCGGCACCUGAGGACGCAUGCCCCGGCCAACGCCGCUUCUGGCCCCGCAGCCCCCGGCGCCGGCCCCCAGCCCCCUGCCCCACUGGCUGCCGCCCCAGCCCCGUCCGCCACCCAAGAUGUCCACGUCCUCCCCCACCUCCAGGCCACGCUCUCCCUAGAGGUGGCAGGGGUCACGGCCCAGGCCCAGCCCCCCAGCCCAGCAGCCCCCAACUCCCAGACGUUUCUCCUGGUGCAGACUGCCCAGGGCCUCCAAUUGAUCCCCAGCAGCGUCCAGCCCCCCACACCCCCGCCUCCCCCCGCCCCCCCCAAGCUCAUCUUGCUGCCCUCCUCCAGUACUGGUGGUGGGGGCAGCGGUGCAAGGCAGGGCCCACGGGCAGUGGGGAAAGCUGGGCAGGGGGCUGGAGUAGUCUGGCUGCCAGGCCCUGGGGGGCUAGGGGUGCAGGGAGGGAGCAACACCGGGGCCAGCGCGGGAGCGCAGAGCCUCAUAGUUCUGCAGAAUGUGGGGGCUGGGGAGGCAGGGCCGCAGGAAGUGAGCGGGGUCCAGCUCCAACCCCUUCGGCCAGCCCCGGAACUGACCACGGUCCAGCUCCAGCCGGCCCAGGAGGUGACCACGGUCCAGCUCCAGCCUGUAACGGGUCAGCUGUCCAAUUCCAGUGGGGGAGCCGUCACCACUGAGGCGCCUAAUCUGCUGGUGGUUCAGAGUGGGGCAGCGGAGGAGUUGCUGGCGGACCCCGGCCCGGGGGAACCCGGUGACGGUGAGGCCAGCACUGGUGUCGUCCAGGAUGUGCUCUUUGAGACGCUGCAGACGGAGGAGGGGCUGCAGAGUGUCCUGGUGCUGAGCGGGGCUGAUGGGGAGCAGACCCAGCUGUGUGUGCAGGAGGUAGAGACCUUACCCUCGGGGCUGGCUGAGCCGCCAACCCCUGGCCCGCCGGGACAGAAACUGCUCAUUAUCCGCAGUGCCCCGGCCACCGAGCUGCUGGAGAGUGGCAGCGUUGGGGGAGGCGCCGCUGCGCUGCAGCUGCUGGCCCCACCACCACCUGGCCCAGGCUCUGCUCCCGCGGGCGUCCCUGCGGCUCCUGCCUCCCAGAUGGUACAAGUGGUCCCUGCGGGAGCUGCACCCGGGGGCAUGACCCCCCAGGGCCUACCCUCCAUCCAGAUUGUUCAGACUCUGCCCGCAGUCCAGCUGGUGCACACGUUUUGAGUAGAGCCACUGGUUCCCCUUCCAGCCCCACACAGAGACCCCGACUCACUGCCUGGGCUGGGCUGAGCUGGGGGGAGGGGAACUGCAGGCUGGGCUUGCUAAUAAAGACCAGAAUCUCCUCUCCUGUGCUUUUGUUUU